AUGGUAACCUAUAUUUGCAAAAUGAUUAAUAUGAUGCUUGAAUUGAUAUGUUAUAGCCUUCAACAAAUAGCUAUGUUAGUACUUUAAGAAUACAACAAGGAACUAAAAACCUUAGGAAUGUCUUAGGAAAUUGCAGAUCUAUGCGAUCUUUAUAUUUCACCAGAGGGUGAAUAAAAAACUUUUAUAGAAAAUUUCAAUUGCUUCUAGAGAUUCCUGUUAGAAUUUACUAGUGAGGCAGUAAAUUACUAUUGCUAGCUAAAUGAAUUCUUUGAAAGAAAGCCAUUGCCUGAUUAACAGGUCUAGUUAAUAUUUUAGCAUUUACUUAUAGCAAGAUUUAAGAUAAUAGAAGUAAUUGGCCUGUUGUAAACCGAUACAAUUAUUAGGGUUAAAGAGGAGAGGACGGAAGAGAUAAAACAAGAAUAGAAGGAAACUGAGGAGGUUAUUAAAAACGAAAUGAACUUCUUCAAGAGACGUGAGAGUAUUCUAAAACUGAGGUCUUUAUAGCAAUCUUAAGAAAGAAUGAAUAAAUUAAAGGUUGAUGAUGCAAACAAAGCAAUUAAUGAAUCUAAUCUAAAUUUAUUGGCGUCUGCUGCAGCAGGAAAUAUUAAUGAAACAGAGCUGCCGUCUCCUGUACUUAAUAAAGAAAAAUCACAAAAAAUACUGGAAAAGUUGAGGUAAAGAGUUAAAUAAGAAAACUAGAUAAUGCAGCUCAAUAUCAAACUUUUGGGUUCGCCUAAAAAGAGACAUGAUUCUCAAUUUCUUAGGAGGAUGAUAAAAUAGGUUGAGCAAGAAGAACAUGAUUACUCAGGCGAUAGAAACUUGGAAUAAUCAAAAUACUAAUUCAAAGGCUCUCAUAAAAAUACUUAGGGAUAAGACAAUAUAAAAGAGAUCAUAUCUGAUAUGAAAAGAAAUGGAGCUGUUGAAAUCUAAAAAGCGCUUAAUUACUCUCACAGUAUAAAACAGCUCCAUUCAAAGAAUCAUUAUGGAUUGGAUUCUCUUCCUAAAAAUUAAGGAAUUGGAAUUUCAUAAGAAAAAUCGUUAAGAGGUGCACCCUCAGAGAGUAAUCUAACUUUGAAGAAAAUACAUUAUGUAAAUGAGUAUAGUGCAACAGGUAAACCCCAAAAGCAUAGCAACAGUAACAAUAUAAGUAUUAAUAACUAAUUAAAUGAAAACAAUAAGAGAUAGAAAUCUCAUAGAGAAAAUCUCAAUUAUAAAUUCACAAAUGAGUCUAAGAUGCUUGAUAAUUCAAAACUUAAAAAUUUCCUUAAAAACUAUGAAAAGUCAUACGAAGAUUAGGAGAAAAGAAGAAAGAAACAAGAGGUUUAUAGUGAUGAUGAUGAAAAGGUAGAGUUCAUGACCCUGAAAGUGAAGAAAUUAAGCAGAAAUAAGCUGUGA